GCUCCAACUACAAACGUUGCUCAGCCUCUGGGGACCCCUCAGGAGUGGCUGCUGUGGUCCCACUCGGAAUAAGGAUGAGUUUCCAUGCCAAAGAGAGUGAAAUGGACCUGAAGAAUGUUGAAGAGCAUGAAGAAAGUCCUGUGCUCACAAGACUGAAUAGUGUAAAAGCAAAAAGGAUAAUGAAUUAUGUAGCAGUCAAAGAAAAUGAGCCUCAAACACAAACUCUGACAUUUAGGCACUCCACAAAAGCUCAGGAGAAGACACGAAAGCGACAGCAGCCCAUAAAACUGGAACCUUUGCCAGUGCUAAAGAUCUACCAAGACCAUAAGCAGCCAGAAUACAUAUAUGAACAGAAUCGAUAUCAACUAAUGAGUCGUGGAAUCCUUAAACCAUCACCAAGCAUGAUAGAAAAACGGCUUUCACUUAUCUCAGGUCUUGAGGCUCAAGAAACUAUGAAAAGAAAGCAGGUCCAACGACCCUCUGCUGAUAUCUUCUCUCCUCCUUCUAAACUGCCACGUCCGGGGAUUGGAAGAAGAGUUCUCUUCGGGACUAGGUCUUCAACUUACCCUAAGUACAUUUUCCAUGACCGGGAAGAAGUUGUUAAAGCCAAUAUUCAAGACCCCUUGCAAAUCAUUAAAAUAAUACAGGAAAAUGAACAUCUCGGAUUUCUUUACAUGAUCCCUGCAGUGCCCAAGUCUUCCAUUGAAUACGACGCAUAUAAUCUAAAAGUCGUAUGUUAUGAGAACAUCAAUAAAGAGGACUACUACACUAUUAGCCAAAGGGCAGUGACCCACGUCUACAAUGAUGACAUUGAAUUCAUUGAAAUUGAGCGAUGGGAACAAGAGUAUCUGUACCACAGAGAACUCACCAAGAUCCCCAUAUUUUCACUUUUCCGGAAAUGGAAGGCUUUUAACGUGUGGAAGAAGAAUGUCCGCUCCAAGAAAAUCACUGGAUGUCGAAAAGCGCUACAAAAAAAUCUGUUUAUUGUCAAUCCUUAUUUGCGACCAGCUCUUCUUAAAAUAAACGAACUGUGUUAUCAGUUAAGCUUUAUGGGACUUUGUUAUAUUGAAAAAUGUCACACCUACACCCUGCAGGAAUUUAAGGCUGUGCAAGUUGUACGACUACAACAGGUGACAGAGCGCCUAGAAGAAUUCCGAAAUGAGGCAAAAGACGUGGUCAGGAAGUCUUGUCGAUUCGCUUUGCGUGCUGCAGGCUUUAUUCCAGAUGACUGUGUAUCUGAACCUUAUGAGGAUUAUUUUAAGAUAAACAUUACAAGUUUUGAUUUGGAAGCUCCGUUUGAUUUGCCCACUUACAGAGACUCUGAAAAAAUGACGUACACAGAACAGGCCAGUAAAAGACAUCACUGCACAAGGCUCACCUGCUUCAUCCGUCUGAAUGAUUACCUGAUUCAGAACACCCUACAUGUCUUAACAGUAAAUGCUGCCAGCUUCCUUUUGAGUUUUCUCUCUGACAAACUGAAACGAACGCCCUCAGCAGAUGUCAUUCAGAAGUGGAUGACUGAGGAGAAGCCCGAAGUCGUCGACAAAAAGGGACCCCCAGUGUUGGAAAAGCAGGAAGAGGACGAGUCUCUCAUCCCCAUGUUCCUCACAGAACUGACCCUGACUGUGCAAUCACUGCUCUUCGAGCCUUCUUUGGAAGACUUUCUGGAUGGCAUUUCUGGUGCAAUUAAUCAUUUUGAAAACACUGUGUUGUCAGUUCCUAAUCUAGUGCCUGACACGUAUUUUGAUGCUUUCACCAACCCAUUUAUUAACAACAAGCUUGAAGAGAAGACCUGUGGCCCUGGACCAAGUCUGCCAGCGGUGUUUGAGGAUGACAAGAAUUUUCUCACAAUUAUCCUUCAAAUAAAGGAAACAAUUCAUGCAGCAUUUGAUUCUGCCUCUACAUAUGCAGCGACAUUUGAAAAGUUUCAGAUGUUUUUCAAGGAAAAUGAGAGUCUUGAUUUGCAGGCUCUUAAGCUUCAGGAACCUGAUGUUAAGUUCUUCAGUGACCAGCUGGAAAAAUAUCACAAACAACACAAGGACUUGGUAGCACUACGACCCACCAGAAAUGUGGGAUUGCUCCUCAUUGACACCAAGAAGCUGAAAGAAAAACUCAUUCCAUCACCCUUGCGAUGCUUGGAGGUGCUAAAUGUAAUGCUUCCUCAUUUAAGUAAGAAAAAGGUGGAUGCCAUUAUCUCAGAGGCACAAGACGCAGAGUAUAAACUUGAAUUUGUUCCAAGUACUACUACAGAAUACAUUAAUAGCUUAGUAUUUCUUGAUGAAAUUCAGGAACGGAUUGAAAGCCUGGAAGAAGACGGGAAUACAGUGAUCGAGAUGUACAGGCUCAUUGAACAAUAUCAGGUGCCCACACCUCCCGAAGACCUUGCUGUUUUUGCAACCAUGAAGCCAUCCAUUGUUGCUGUCCGGAACGCCAUUGACAAAUCAGUGGGUGACAGAGAAUCAAGCAUUAAACAGUUCUGUCUGCACUUGGGCAGAGAUCUUGAAGAUCUAAACAAUGAAGUGAACGAAGUCAAGCUGCAGUCCCAGGACCCCCAGAUCUUGGACAUUACUGCUGACCAAGAGAAAAUAAAGCUCAGGUUGAGUGAGCUGCAGUCUGUUCUGAAUGAUCUUCAAAAACGCGCCUUUCAGUAUAAAUCUUACCAGAAGAAUUUCAAGGUAGAAGUGUCCAAGUUCGAUGCUUUGGAAGAAGUUAGUGCUGAACUGAAGCUCAAGCAAUUGCUCUGGGAUUCGUUCACCGAAUGGGACAAAGUCCAGCAAGAAUGGCUGAAGUCUAAAUUUGACUGCCUGGAUCCAGAAGUCCUAAACAGUCAAGUCUCUAAAUAUGCUAAGUUUGUGACACAACUGGAAAAAGGCUUGCCCCCCAACAAUGUGGUGCCCCAGCUCAAGUUCAAGGUGGAGAAAAUGAAACAAAAGGUAAGAGCUCUGGGAAUCAUUUUGGAACUCCAGCUCAUUGUCCUUCUUGAUGACAGCACCAUCAACAUUGCCACCAUUGCCUCAUCACGUUAUGUGGGUCCAUUGAAGUCUCGAGUGGGUGAAUGGCAAAAACAGCUUGCCUUAUUUAAUCAAACACUGGAAGAGUGGCUGAACUGUCAGAGAAACUGGCUCUACCUAGAAAGCAUCUUCAACGCACCAGAUAUUCAGAGGCAGCUGCCUGCAGAGGCCAAGAUGUUCCUCCAAGUGGACAAGUCAUGGAAGGAAAUCAUGAGGAAGGUGAACCUUCUGCCCAAUGCACUCCGAGCCGCAACUCAACCAGGACUUCUGGAGACUUUUCAAAACAAUAAUGCAUUGCUUGACCAAAUUCAGAAGUGUCUAGAGGCAUAUUUAGAAUCAAAAAGAGUUAUCUUUCCAAGAUUUUACUUCUUAUCAAAUGAUGAGCUCCUGGAGAUUUUGGCCCAGACCCGAAACCCACAGGCCGUGCAGCCUCACCUGAGGAAAUGCUUUGACUCCAUUACAAAGCUCGAGUUCGCUGUCAUGCCUCCGGCCGAGGGGAAGAUUCCUGGUAUCGACGCAGAGGCAGAAAAGGUUUUCACUAAUGAUAUUUUGGCAAUGCUGUCACCUGAGGGAGAGCGAGUCGGCCUGGGGAAAGGCCUCAAGGCGCGAGGCAAUGUGGAAGAAUGGCUUGGGAAGGUGGAGGAAGCCAUGUUCGCAUCUCUCCACCGUCUGUGCAAAGCUGCCAUUGCUGACUAUCAGGGGAAACAAAGGACUGAAUGGGUGAUGGCUGGCUACCCUUCUCAAGUCAUCCUGACUAUUUCUCAGAUUAUGUGGUGCCGUGAUUUGACUGAGUGUCUAGAAACAGACAGCAAUAGGUUAGAGGCCCUGGAAGCUUUUGAAAAAGUAAAUUUUGAGAGAUUAAAUGCCCUGGCUGUGAUAGUUCGAGGCAGUCUUCCAAAAUUACACAGAAACAUUAUAACUGCAUUGAUUACCAUUGAUGUGCAUGCAAGAGAUAUAGUCACCGAACUUGUUCAAGCCAAGGUAAGCACAGCCGACUCCUUCGAUUGGCAGAGACAACUGCGCUAUUACUGGGAUAUAGACCUGGAUAACUGCGUGGCUAGAAUGGCACUCUCUCAGUACACUUAUGGCUAUGAGUAUUUGGGAGCAUGCCCGAGGCUGGUCAUCACUCCUCUCACGGAUCGCUGCUAUCUUUGCCUCAUGGGGGCUUUGCAACUCGAUCUUGGAGGUGCACCAGCUGGUCCUGCUGGCACCGGGAAAACAGAAACCACCAAAGAUCUAGCAAAAGCUCUUGCUGUCCAGUGUGUGGUCUUCAACUGCUCUGACGGUUUGGACUACAAGAUGAUGGGGCGCUUCUUCAGUGGCUUGGCACAGUCAGGGGCCUGGUGCUGUUUUGAUGAAUUCAAUCGAAUUGACAUCGAAGUCUUGUCAGUCAUUGCUCAGCAACUCAUCACCAUUAGGAAUGCCAAGGCCUCAAAGCUCUCUAGAUUCAUGUUUGAGGGCCGAGAAAUCAAGCUCGUUAUGACCUGUGCAGCCUUUAUCACCAUGAAUCCUGGCUAUGCAGGCAGGACCGAGUUGCCAGACAAUUUAAAAGCCCUAUUCAGACCGUUUGCGAUGAUGGUUCCCAAUUAUGCACUGAUUGCAGAGGUAAUUCUGUAUUCUGAAGGAUUUGAAUCCAGUAAAAUAUUAGCAAGAAAGAUGACACAGAUGUACAAACUCUGCAGUGAGCAGCUCUCUCAGCAGGAUCACUAUGACUUUGGCAUGAGAGCUGUCAAAUCCGUACUGGUCAUGGCUGGAUCUCUGAAAAGAGAGAACCCAGACCUCGGUGAAGAUGUGGUACUGAUACGAGCUUUGAGAGACUCCAACUUGCCAAAAUUCCUCACAGAUGAUGCUAUUCUGUUCAGUGGAAUCAUAUCUGACCUUUUUCCUGGAGUCCAAAUCCCAGAACAUGAUUACGGCAUUUUGCAGUCCACAAUUGUGGAUGUCAUGGUUGGACAAAACCUUCAGCCUGAGAUAUGUAUGGUUAAAAAAGUAAUACAGUUCUAUGAAACAAUGCUUGUGAGGCAUGGCGUAAUGUUAGUCGGACCCACAGGAGGUGGCAAGACCACAGUCUACCGAAUAUUAGCAGAAGCUUUAAGGAAUUUGGAAAAACUUGACACAGGAAAUCCCUUUUAUCAACCAGUUAAAACCUUUGUUCUUAAUCCAAAAUCCAUCACAAUGGGUGAAUUAUAUGGUGAAGUUAAUAACAUAACCCUGGAAUGGAAGGAUGGUUUGAUGGCACUAAGUGUCCGAGCAGCUGUAAAUGAUACUUCAGAAGACCAUAAAUGGAUCAUCAGUGAUGGGCCAGUGGAUGCUCUUUGGAUUGAAAACAUGAAUACGGUGUUGGAUGAUAACAAGAUGCUUUGCCUGGCUAACAGUGAAAGGAUUAAACUCACACCUCAAAUCCACAUGCUUUUUGAGGUACAAGAUCUCAGGGUGGCCUCCCCUGCAACCGUCAGCCGAUGCGGAAUGGUGUUUGUGGAUCCUGAAGAACUGAAAUGGAUGCCUUAUGUUAAGACGUGGAUGACUGGUGUUUCUAAAAAACUGAAUGAGGAAGCCCAAGAAUAUUUAUUAAAACUUUUCCAGCAUUAUGUUGAUGACGGGCUACGUUUUAUCAAUAAAAAGUGCAGCCAAGCUAUCCCCCAGGUAGACAUCAGCAAAGUCACCACACUCUGCUGCUUAUUGGAGUCUUUGCUGCUUAGCAGUGAUGGAAUUAGCAUGGCAAUGGAGCAAAAGAAACUGAACACUGUGCUGUGCCAGACGUUUGUAUUCUGUUAUUUAUGGUCUUUAGGUGGAAACUUAACUGAAAACUACUGGGAUUAUUUUGAUACAUUUAUUAGAACACAGUUUGAUGAUAAUCCUGAUGCCAGGCUUCCCAGCUCUGGAGAUCUGUGGAGCGUUCAUUUAGACUUUGACGCCAAACGCCUGGAUCCCUGGGAACGAAUCAUACCUACCUUCAAGUACAGCAAGGAUAUUCCAUUCUUUGAGAUGCUGGUCCCCACAACGGACACAGUGCGCUAUGGAUAUUUAAUGGAGAAACUACUGGCAGUCAGGCAUUCCGUGUUGUUCACUGGAACAACUGGAGUUGGCAAGUCUGUUAUUGCAAGAGGAUUGCUAAAUAGAAUUCAAGAAUCAUCUGGCUAUGUCCCUGUGUAUCUAAAUUUUUCUGCCCAAACUUCAUCUGCAAGGACACAAGAGAUCAUUGAGUCAAAACUGGAAAGAAAAAGAAAAAAUAUUCUAGGAGCACCAGGAAACAAACAAGUUGUGAUUUUUGUUGAUGAUCUGAACAUGCCCCAACUAGAUCGAUAUGGCUCCCAGCCUCCAAUUGAAUUGCUUCGGCAGUAUCAAGAUUUUGGUGGAUUUUAUGAUAGAAACAAACUCUUUUGGAAAGACAUACAGGAUGUAACAAUUGUCUCGGCAUGUGCACCCCCAGGAGGGGGUCGCAAUCCUGUGACACCCCGCUUCAUCCGACACUUCAGCAUGUUGUGCCUUCCAGUGCCCUCAGAGCACAGUCUAAAGCAGAUUUUUCAGGCCAUCUUAAAUGGCUUCUUGAAUGACUUCACACCAGCCGUAAAGCAAACAGCGCCAAACAUUGUCGAAGCUGCAGUUGAAAUUUAUAAUAGGAUGAGUAUUGACCUCCUACCAACCCCAGCCAAGUCCCAUUAUGUCUUUAAUCUGAGAGAUUUAUCCAAGUGUAUGCAAGGUAUCCUCCAAUGUGAUCCGGGAACAGUAAGAGAAGAAAUGCAGGUAUUUAGACUCUUUUGCCACGAAUGUCAAAGAGUGUUCCAUGAUCGCUUGAUCAGCAAUGAAGACAAGCAGUACUUCCACAUCAUUCUGACAGAAAUGGCCAACAAACACUUUGGAAUUGCAAUUGACCUGGAAUAUUUUUUAAACAAGCCCAUCAUAUUUGGUGAUUUCAUUAAGUUUGGAGCAGAUAAGGCUGAUCGGAUUUACGAUGAUUUGCCUGAUAUAGAGAAAAUCGGAAAUGUUCUACAGGACUAUCUUGAUGAUUAUAACCUCAUAAAUCCCAAAGAAGUAAAGCUGGUAUUCUUCCAGGACGCCAUAGAGCACGUGUCAAGGAUUGCACGGAUGAUCCGCCAGGAAAGAGGCAAUGCAUUGCUGGUUGGUGUAGGAGGCACAGGAAAGCAGUCCCUCACUAGACUUGCAGCUCAUAUAUGUGGUUACGGGUGUUUCCAGAUUGAACUUAACCGGGGAUAUAACUACGAUAGUUUCCAUGAUGAUCUGAGGAAGUUGUACAAAAUGGCUGGUGUGGAAGACAAAAAUAUGGUUUUCCUUUUCACAGAUACCCAGAUUGUAGUGGAAGAGUUUCUAGAAGAUAUCAAUAAUAUCCUAAAUUCAGGUGAAGUCCCUAACUUAUUCGAAAAGGAUGAGCUGGAGCAGGUCUUAGCAGCCACCAGACCAAGAGCAAAAGAAGUGGGAAUUUCCCAAGGGAACCGAGAUGAGGUGUUUCAGUACUUUAUCAGCAGAGUCCGUCAGAAGUUGCACAUUGUUCUCUGCAUGAGCCCAGUUGGCGAGGCCUUCCGGUCCCGAUGCCGGAUGUUCCCAUCCCUGGUCAACUGCUGCACCAUUGACUGGUUUGUCCAGUGGCCCAGAGAAGCACUUCUGUCUGUGUCAAAGACGUUUUUCUCAGCUGUGGACACUGGGAGUGACGAUAUGAGGGAAAAGCUUUCUCUGAUGUGCGUGAACGUACAUCUCAGCGUCUCCCAGAUGGCAGACCGCUACUAUGCUGAGCUCCGCAGACGGUAUUACACCACACCCACCUCCUACCUGGAGCUCAUCAAUCUCUACCUGACCAUGCUCACUGAGAAAAAGCAGCAGCUAGUCUCAGCACGCGAUCGAGUGAAGAAUGGUCUCACCAAGCUAUUAGAAACAAACAUAUUAGUGGACAAAAUGAAAUCAGAUCUUUCGGCUUUAGAACCUGUGCUAGUACAGAAAUCACAAGAUAUUGAAGCCCUAAUGGAAAAACUAGCAUUGGACCAAGAAAAUGCCGAUCAGGUCCGUAAUGUUGUACAAGAGGAUGAAGCAAUAGCUAAAGUGAAAGCAGAAGAGACCCAAGCCAUAGCUGAUGAUGCUCAAAGAGAUCUCGAAGAAGCACUGCCUGCCCUCGAAGCUGCCAACAAAGCACUGGACUCCUUAGAUAAAGCAGAUAUCUCUGAAAUCAGGGUUUUCACAAAGCCUCCUGACUUGGUCAUGACUGUAAUGGAAGCCAUCGCUAUCCUCCUAAAUGUCAAGCCUGACUGGUCAACAGCAAAGCAAUUUCUUGGUGACUCUAACUUUCUACGACGGCUUUUAGAGUAUGAUAAGGAAAACAUAAAACCUCAAAUACUGGCAAAGCUUCAAAAGUAUAUCAACAAUCCUGACUUUGUGCCUGAAAAAGUGGAGAAAGUGUCCAAAGCCUGUAAAUCCAUGUGCAUGUGGGUGAGAGCCAUGGAUCUGUACUCUCAGGUGCUCAAGGAAGUUGAACCAAAAAGACAAAAGCUCAGUGCUGCCCAGGCUGAACUUGAUGUUACAAUGGCUACCCUGAAAGGAAAGCAAGCAUUACUAAAACAAGUGGAAGAUCAAAUAAAGACCUUACAAGAUGAAUAUGACAAAGGUGUGAAUGAGAAAGAAAGUCUGGCAAAGAACAUGGCCCUUACCAAAGCACGCCUGGUCCGUGCUGGAAAGCUGACGGCUGCGUUAGGAGAUGAGCAGGUUCGAUGGGAAGAAAGCAUAGAGAAAUUCCAAGAGGAGAUAGCAAACAUCAUUGGGAACGUAUUCAUAGCUGCGGCUUGUGUGGCUUAUUACGGAGCUUUCACGGCACAGUAUCGGCAGUUGCUUAUAGAAUGCUGGAUUGACAACUGUCAAUACCUGGAGAUCCCAAUCGACCCCUCCUUCAGUCUCAUUAACAUCCUGGGCAAUCCCUAUGAGAUCUGGCAGUGGAAUACAGAUGGACUACCCCAAGACUUGAUAUCGACAGAAAAUGGCAUUUUGGUCACUCAGGGGAGAAGGUGGCCCUUGAUGAUUGAUCCCCAAGAUCAGGCGAACCGCUGGAUAAGGAACAAGGAAAGCAAAAGUGGUUUAAAGAUCAUUAAACUGACAGACAGUAAUUUCUUACAAAUACUUGAAUAUUCCAUCCGACUUGGUUUACCCGUCUUACUGGAAGAGCUCAAAGAAAUUUUGGAUCCAGCCCUAGAACCCAUUCUUUUAAAACAAACUUUUGUCAGUGGUGGGCGACUACUCAUCCGCCUUGGAAACUCUGACAUUGAUUAUGACAAAAGUUUCAGGCUCUAUAUGACAACCAAAAUGCCGAAUCCCCACUACCUGCCUGAGGUGUGCAUCAAAGUCACCAUCAUCAAUUUCACUGUGACUAAAUCAGGUUUGGAGGACCAGCUGCUGAGUGACGUAGUGCGACUUGAAAAACCUGAGUUAGAAGAACAAAGAAUCAAGCUUAUUGUGAGGAUCAAUAGUGAUAAAAGCCAGCUGAAAUCUAUUGAAGAUAAAAUCCUGAAACUGCUCUUUACAUCUGAAGGAAAUAUUCUGGACAAUGAAGAACUCAUUGAUACACUCCAGGACUCAAAGAUCACAACCGGAGCGAUUAAAAGCAGGCUGAAGGAAGCAGAGUCCACAGAGCUGAUGAUCAAUGUGGCCCGGGAGAAGUACCGCCCAGUGGCCACCCAGGGGUCCGUGAUGUACUUCGUCAUUGCCAGCCUCUCAGAAAUCGAUCCUAUGUAUCAGUAUUCGCUGAAGUAUUUUAAACAGUUGUUCAACACAACAAUCGAAACUUCUGCAAAGGCAGAUAAUCUGCAGCUCCGCCUGACCAUCCUCCUGCAGCAGACCCUCCUAACUGCUUACACCAAUGUUUCCCGGGGGCUUUUUGAACAGCAUAAGCUCAUCUACAGCUUCAUGCUCUGUGUUGAGAUCAUGCGCCAGCAAGGGCAGCUAACUGAAGCUGAGUGGAAUUUCUUUCUCCGAGGUUCUGCAGGAUUGGAAAAGGAGCGUCCUCCUAAGCCAGAAGCUCCCUGGAUGCCUCUUCAAAUGUGGUUCGCAUGCUGUGACUUAGAAGAAUCAUUUCCAAUUUUUGAGGGAAUUACAAAAAAUAUAGUGCUACAUCCUGUUUCUAUACGCUUAGGAUCUUUUGAGACUUAUAUUAACCCGGCACACUGGGAAGGAUAUGUGCAAAUGGAGCCAGAAGAGGGAAGCAACGCUUUCUGGAAAUCAGAAUUCAGCUCUUUCCAGAAACUAAUUCUUAUUAAAUGCUGUAAAGAAGAAAAGGUGGUUUUUGCUCUUACAGACUUUGUGAUAGAAAAUCUUGGAAAGCAGUUUAUAGAGACACCUCCCGUGGACCUGGCUACUCUGUAUCAAGACAUGUCCUAUAGCACCCCACUGGUGUUCAUCUUGAGCACAGGAUCUGAUCCCAUGGGUGCCUUUCAAAGGUUUGCCCGGGAGAGCGGGUAUGCAGACCGAGUGCAGUCCAUCUCACUGGGACAAGGACAAGGCCCCAUUGCUGAGAAAAUGAUCAAAGAUGCAAUGAAAUCAGGAAACUGGGUAUUUCUGCAGAACUGCCAUCUUGCUGUUUCUUGGAUGCUGGCAAUGGAAGAGCUUAUCAAAACCUUCACGGAUCCAAAUCAAGUGAUCAAGGAUACUUUCCGGCUUUUUCUAAGCUCCAUGCCUAGUAAUACAUUUCCUGUUACAGUCCUUCAGAAUUCUGUCAAGGUAACCAAUGAACCUCCAAAAGGCUUACGUGCAAAUAUCAGGCGAGCGUUUACUGAAAUGACACCUUCAUUUUUUGAAGAAAAUAUACUUGGAAGGAAAUGGAGACAACUGAUAUUUGGCAUUUGCUUCUUCCAUGCAAUUAUUCAGGAAAGAAAGAAAUUUGGCCCCCUUGGUUGGAAUAUCUGCUAUGAAUUUAAUGACAGCGAUAGAGAAUGUGCCUUACUGAACCUCAAGCUUUACUGUCAUGAAGGAAAGAUUCCCUGGGAUGCGCUAAUUUACAUAACUGGCGAAAUCACUUAUGGCGGGAGAGUGACAGACACCUGGGAUCAGAGAUGUCUUCGAACUGUCUUGAAAAGAUUUUUCUCUCCUGAAACACUGCAAGCUGAUUAUAAAUAUUCUGAAUCGGGCAUCUAUUUUGCCCCCAUGGCUGACAGCAUACAAGAGUUUAAGGACUACAUUGAAGAUUUACCACUGAUAGAUGAUCCAGAAAUUUUUGGAAUGCAUGAAAAUGCCAACCUAGCUUUCCAGUACAAAGAGACUAACACUCUAAUCAACACCAUACUUGAGGUUCAGCCAAGAUCAGCUUCUGGUGGAGAGGGAAAAAGCAAUGAUGAAAUUGUCCAGGAACUUGUUGCUUCUGUCCGGACCAGAGUUCCAGAAAUCCUGCACAUAGAGGGUGCUUCCGACAGCCUUUUCGUCAAGGACUCUCGAGGCCGCUUGGACUCUUUGACCACCGUCCUUGGCCAGGAAGUGGACCGGUUCAACAAUCUGCUAAAGUUAAUACACAUUUCCCUAGAAACACUCAACAAAGCCAUUGCUGGACUCGUGGUGAUGUCUGAAGAAAUGGAAAAGGUGUAUAACAGUUUCCUCAACAACCAGGUCCCGUCUCUGUGGUCUAACACAGCUUACCCAUCCCUGAAGCCACUGGGAUCAUGGGUCAAAGACCUUAUCCUAAGGACUGCAUUUGUGGACCUGUGGCUCAAAGGAGGACAGCCCAAGUCCUUUUGGAUUUCCGGGUUCUUCUUUCCUCAAGGAUUUCUCACAGGAACACUUCAAAACCAUGCUCGGAAGUAUAAUCUGCCCAUAGAUGAGCUGAGUUUCAAGUACAAUGUGAUUCCCACCUACCGGGAUCAAGCUGCUGUGAUAGAAGCUGCCAAGUCUAUGUGCUUUGGAGAAGUACUGCCCAUGGACCUGGAGCUGCCCACUCCUGAAGAUGGCGUUCUUGUUCACGGGAUGUUCAUGGAUGCUUCUCGAUGGGAUGAUAAGGAGAUGGUCAUAGAGGAUGCAUUGCCAGGACAGAUGAACCCUAUGUUGCCUGUGGUGCAUUUUGAACCACAACAAAACUACGAGCCAGUCGGAACACUCUACCACUCCCCACUCUACAAAACAGAGGCCCGAGCAGGGACUCUCUCAACCACAGGCCAUUCCACCAACUUCGUGGUGACUGUCCUCUUACCCUCCAAGAGGUCCAAGGAUUACUGGAUCGCCAAGGGAUCAGCAUUGCUGUGCCAACUGAGUGAGUGA